AUGUUAGCUUGUGUGUGCCAGCCAACGGAGACUGCGCUAUUAUUUAAAGGAGGACCACCAGUUACAAUGGGGCCAUUAGGUAGCAGUAAAAUGCGUGAAAAUUCUACAGAUGUUAUGAAAAUAAGCAUUUUUCCCAAUCCAGAGCAUCAUAUUGACGAGUGCGCAAAAGAAAGGUUGACUUCAUUAAAAUCAUUAUCUUCUUAUACCGACGCAUCUGGAAAUCUUUUAAAUUUACGUAAAAUAGAACGUAAAGCUAAAUCUACCAAAAUUUUAGUCAAUCCGGUAUGUCCGGAUAGUAUCAGCGAUGAUAGCAACACUUCAAAGUCAGCGGGUGCAAAGUGGAAUGGUAAAAAGAAACGGCUAAAACUGGCAGUUGUCAAAAAUGAAAAUGUAGACAAUCCGAAUGUAGAGAAUAAAGAAAUUAGUCGCGACGAAGCCAAGGAGGAUAAAAAACCAAUAUCGUGUUUUAAAAUCAAAAGCUGGGAAGAUAAAUCACGUACUAACGAAGACAGAAACUCGGGCCGAGAAAACUACACUAAUGAAAAUGCAAGCAAUUCAAUGAGCGCAGAAAAACCCGAUCUCAUUAGACAUUCGAGAAAAAAUAGCAAAGAGACAUUAAUAGAUGAAGGCACUAUGACCGACGCAUCCUUAGGUACUGAUCAGUUCGCAAGAAAUAUUGACAGUGCAACGACGGGUAAGAAGGACGAGUUGGGGGAAGGGGUGGAGUUGACGCUGGGCGAACUGCGGGCGAUGGCGCUCCGACAGCAGCAGCAAAUAGACACACAACACCAGCUACUCUGCGCGAAGGAACAGAGACUGCGAUAUCUGAAGCAACAAGAGGCGCGGCAACAUCAGGUUGCGGUAGAGGGUGAAAGGUUGCGGAGGCUGCGGGAACGCGUUGAAGCGCAGGAGCAAAAGCUUCGAAGGUUACGAGCUUUACGGGGGCAGCUCGAUAGGAACAAGCAAGCGAAUAUCGCACUCACGAGUGAUCUUGAGUCUAUACGAGCGUUGUUCAAUGAAAAGGAAAAGGAGCUAUCGGUCGCUGUUGCGAAGGUGGAAGAGUUGACUCGUCAGCUCGAGGAGUUAAGGCGGGGGAGAGUCCAGCCGGCACCACCUUCUGCUCAUGAGCUGGACAAAUUGCGUCGGGAGCUUAUGGAUAAUUACCGAAAUAAACUGAACGAGCAGCAGAAUGGCAGAUUAUCAGCGCAAAGGGCCGCGUUAGGGGCGCGCCAGGAAGAGAUGCGUAGCAUAGAUCGACGGGUUUCAGAAUUGCAAGCUAGGUUGCUGAGGAAAAGAGCGCUCAAUAGACAACUAGCGGCUGCACAUCGACAACCACAACAACGGACAAAUAUUCCCACGCCAAUGCAACAGCUGCCAAACUAUCCAGCCGGCAAUAACCCAGUGAACAGUCAACCAAAGAAUCAACAAGCGAGAGGAAAUGUAGCAGCCGUGGAACCCUACAAUCACGUACCUCAUGCGCAGAGCCUUCAUAACAAUAAUUUCCAAGCAAUGAAGCAAAAUGUUAUACAAAGUAAUGUGCCAUUAAAACAGCUGACUCAAAGUGAUAACAUACAAAGUCAUUUAACCCAACAAGAAGCUCAUUUCCUACAACAAAAGCAAAUAAUUAAUCCUGUUUUUAAUGGCAACUAUCCUCAUAUGCAAAACGUUCAAGAUCAAUAUCAAGGGCAGUACAUCAAUAAACACGAAAACAACGGAUUUAAUCACGUUCAACAAGGCAUUACGAAUGCUUAUGAUCAGAAAUCAAUGUUUGAUCACAUGAAUAAAUAUUCAGAGUUUUCGAAACAACCGCAAUAUAGCCCUAAUAGUACUAGCAGUUCAAAUAGUAACCAAACUAGUAAAGAACAGAAAAUAAAUGAACAGGAAUUCCCGCCCGAAUUUGCAGCAAGUAAAUCUGAUCCUAAAUAUCAAACUUUGCCAUAUAAUACGAAAUUCCCACAAAAUUCUAAUGGUAAAAUAAAACAGCCUGAAAUAAAUGGAAAGGUUAACGAACCAGAUAUUAAGAAUCAAAAUGCACCAAACAUUAAUCAUAUGACUGUUCACUCAACACCAUUGUCGGUUGUUAACAAAAGCUUGGCAACCCCUCUCAGCCAAAAUGAAGCAACAUAUCAACAAGAGCAUACGUAUCAGCUGCAAAAGUCAGAUUCGUCUAGUAGAUGUAAUCAAGAAGGCAAAGAAAAUCAUGCAUAUCCACAAAACUCUAGGUUAAGUCAAAACAAUAGUCAGACUAAUGAUGGUUCCAGAAAUAGUGGAAACAAAAGUCAACAGGGUAGUGUUAUGAAGGGCAGUUCUCCAAGCUUGCUAUCAAAUACAACGUCUGCCAGUAGUUCUAUAGGAUUUGGGAUUGUAAGAAACACGGCGUCAGGGCUAUCUACUAGUACCCCGAGCUCAAACUUCAGUGGUCAAAAUGCAUCUUCACAAAGUAUAUUGCUAUCUCCACCACAAAGUGCCAGUACGCCGCUAUCAACACCAGACGUUAGUGGUACAGACAAAUCACCCAAGCCAGCAUUACCACCUAAGCCUACUAUUAAGACUCCUCCACGGCAAUCAAUAAACCAUGAUGCAGGUUUCACACAGUCGACGGAGACUAUAAAUAUGCCCACCAUAUCUAUUCCGGAUUCGUCAAAUGACAGUGAAUCAAACAUGAAAGAAACGAUAAAUGGAACCAAUAAUGAUAUGAUAAUAAAAGCUCGACCGUUAACCAUCAGAAAACCACCUUUGAGCGAACAGCCUAAGUUGAGAAAUAUUAACAAUGCUAAAAAUGGCAUAAGCGUUAGUAUGAACCGACGUAUAGAGAUGCCUCCAGCAUUUUUAUUCCCAGAAAUGGAUCAUAUGAAUCUCGACCUAAACGAGCAGAAUGGUCAAAAAGAUAAAACCAAACAAAGAGAUGAAGUAGAUAGAUCACUAAGUAAUAACAUAUCUUUAAAUUAUGAUAAGUCAGAUGAUAGUAAAGAUAAUGUUGUUGACAUAACAGAACAAAUAAGUUCUGUAGAUUUGAACGGUCAGGAUUCUCAGAGAUCUGAGAAUAUUCUGAGGCGGUCAAAGAAAGGAAAUUUAAAGCAAGGAGGAAAGGCACCUUUGGCGAGGCGUGUGAGCUUCGAUCCUCUUGCGUUACUUUUAGAUGCAAGUUUAGAGGGUGAAUUGGAACUUGUAAAAAAGACAGCAACUCAGGUUCAAAAUGCAAGCGCCGCAAACGACGAGGGUAUAACAGCUCUUCAUAAUGCUAUCUGCGCCGGCCAUUUUGAAAUAGUAAAGUUUUUAGUAGAGCUAGGUUGUGAUGUGAACGCACAAGACUCAGAUGGAUGGACGCCGCUGCAUUGCGCUGCGUCUUGCAACAAUUUGCCGAUGGUGCGAUUUCUUGUCGAUAAUGGCGCUUGCAUAUUUGCAACAACAUUAUCUGAUCAUGAGACAGCUGCGGAAAAAUGUGAAGAAGAUGAAGAAGGCUUCGACGGCUGCUCUGAAUACCUUUACAGUGUCCAAGAGAAACUAGGUAUAAUGAAUAAUGGUCUAGUAUACUCGGUCUUCUCGUACUCUGCAUCGCGGAGUGACGAGCUGAGCUUCGAUACCGGCGCACGUCUGCAAGUGCUGAGGAAGGGAGACGAUAACGAACGUGAGUGGUGGUGGUGUAGAGACGACGCGGGAAAUGAAGGCUAUGUGCCUAGAAACUUGCUUGGGUUAUACCCGAGAGUAACCCCACAGCAGGAC